UGAUUGUCGACGAGCUCUGUUUCUGUGGUCUGUCAAGCUCGAGUGAUUCAACGGAGAAACUCAGGUCUUCUCCCUCUCAUUUCUUCUCUGCAAGAAAUCCAUGGAAAAAGAUUAUAACAGAAGAUCGAGCUCGUAUGGUAAUGGAGGGAUGAUGCAGAUGGAGAGUUACUAUGGUCCACCACCAAGACAACCCAUUUCGUAUGAUUUUAGGAGCUACAGUGCCUCCUAUGCGCAGACUCAGAUGGGCAACAACAGCAAUAACUUCGGAUAUAACAACAGGGAGUUGAAGUUGAAGAAAGGGAAAAGCACUUCUGGGUCAUCUUCUUCCAACUGGAGCUUCACUGACCCUGAGUUUCAGAGGAAGAAGAGGGUCGCAAGCUAUAAAAUGUAUAGUGCGGAGGGCAAGGUUAAAGGGUCUUUCAGGAAGAGCUUCAGGUGGCUUAAGGAAAAGUACACCCGGACCGUUUAUGGGUGGUGGUGAUUUGUCUCAUGUGCGGAUUCAUUCCAUCCUUGAGCAGUAUAUGCAAGUAAGGAUUUCCCUUGUAUUGUGUGAACUUUGACCUAGUGGCUAGUGGUAAGGCUGCAUACAUACCUUUUCCCUACCCCGCCUUCUCAAUGGGAGCGUUGUGCACUGGAAUUGUUAAUCUUUUAUUGUUCGAAGCCCCUUCCUUUAUGGGCUAGCAAAUAGCAAUGCUUUUUAUUUAAUAUUGAAUUAUAGGUUCUUAUCCCAGUUCAAAUUUCUUUAGACAAUUAUACAACAGGUAGAUAUUGUUAUUU